AUGUCGGAGGAGAUCGACGCAUCCAAAUUUGACUCCAAAUUGCGCAACCAAGCAAUGAUGGGAGAGUUCCAACGCAUGCUUCAGGAGUCCAUGACAUCCCUACACCAACGGAUGGACCGCUUAGAGCUUUCUCAAGCUCGGUCCAAUGCUGCCCAUCGAGAUGCGCCACCUCGCGAGGAGCUAGCUUUUAAUAGCGAGGAAGAUGACUUCAUCCGUUGGCCCAAGCAGGAUUACCGAAGAAUCGAUGAUGGAUUAAAGGGGGUCAAAAUCAAGAUUCCUUCAUUCCAAGGCAAGUCUAAUCCAGAGGCUUACCUAGAAUGGGAGCAGCGAAUCGAGAUGGUGUUCGAGUGCCAGGACUACACAGAUGAACAAAAAGUCAAACUGGCAACCCUCGAAUUCACCGAUUACGCUAUUGUCUGGUGGGAGCAAAAGCGUACUAGCAGGCGCCGCAAUAGAGAACGGCAAAUUAGUACAUGGGAGGAGUUACGAACCACUAUGCAAAAAUGGUUCGUACCCACCCAUUACUAUCGUGACCUAUACCAGAGGCUCCAGACAUUAGUACAAGGAAGCCGUAGUGUGGAGGACUACUACAAGGAGAUAGAGAUCACCAUACUCCGAGCAAACAUUGUGGAGGAUAGGGAGGCUACCAUGGCGAGAUUCCUUAAUGGCUUGAGACCUGAGAUCGCCGAAUUGGUGGAGCUGCAAAACUACGUGGAUAUGCCUGAGUUGAUUGACAAGGCAUCCAAGAUUGAGAGGAGACUUAAGAGGAGGGGUAACCCUCGUAACCCUAACUUCUCGGCCAUGCCUGUGUGGAGGGGCAACCCGACAUUCGAGUGGGAACGGCCUAAUCCAGGGGUGUCCAAGUUUACCCCUAAGACCAAGCCACCCAAGCAGAUCCAAAAGACAACUCCAAGGUCUUCAUUCGACUCUUCCAAGCCACGAAGUCGCGACAAGUGCUUCAAAUGCCAAGGAUUUGGGCAUAUCGCCUCCCAGUGCCCCAAUCGGCGUACCAUGAUCGUCCUACCGAACGAAAAUGUCCUAUCUGACAACGAGAACGAGUUCGCCGAGAUGCCUCCAUUGACUGAAGAGAGUGAAGAUUCCGAGGUAGAGGUUGAGGCCACUACUGAGCAAAUGGGUGUUACUCUAGUAGCCCGUCGGGCUCUUGCAACCCAAGUUAAGAAGGUGGAUGAGGCCCAAUCUGACAACAUCUUCUACACGCGAUAUCACGUCAAGAAAAGAGUAUGUAGUCUAAUCAUUGGAGCGGGUAGUUGUACCAACGUGGCAAGUACUCUUAUGGUGGAUCAUCUUUCCUUGCCCACGUUGAGGCACCCUAACCCAUACCACUUGCAAUGGCUCAAUGAGAGUGGUGAUAUCAAAGUCACCAAGCAAGUGGUGGUGCCUUUCCAGAUUGGGAAGUAUGAGGAUGAGAUCCUUUGCGACGUCGUCCCCAUGCAAGCUUCUCACAUUUUGUUGGGACAGCCAUGGCAAUAUGACAAGAAAACUACUCAUGAUGGCUUUACCAACAAGUACUCCUUCUUGCACCACAACAAGAAGAUGACACUUGUUCCUCUCACACCUCAGCAGGUGCAUGAAGACCAACUGCGUUUGCAACAGGAGCAUGAACGAGAGGUGGCUAAGAAGUCACCCAAUUCUCAGGCAAUCAUUAGAGCACCGACCGAGAGGACAUCAAACCCUGGUACAUUUGGUCGAUUGGGUAAACGCCCUAGCUUGCUUGCAAAGAAUAGGGAAGAAUUUGAGGAUGUUUUCCCAGAUGAUAUCCCCAGUGGUCAGCCACCACUUAGAGGGAUCGAGCACUAG